AUGGCACCGCUGAAUACAUCCGCCGAGCCCAGCUCCGUCCCCAUACCUCCACAUACUACCAUUAUCGAGUUAGUCGACCAGAGUGCGGCCGAGGGCGGUGCGAAGGACAAGAAUGGCGGCACGGAAUCCAUCGUGGCAACCGAGGCCGGUGAUGCUACAACUAUACAGGUGGUCGCUAAACCAGGAGCCCAAGUCAUCGUGAAGGAUAACAGGGGAGCGACGAAGCAAGUCCCUGUUGCUGCUGCUGCUGCUGCCGCUGCAACUGGACAUAGUAUGGUUGUUCAGGUGCAAGAAGCCGCCGCCAAUGUGAAAGAUAAGAGUCAAUCAACACGACCAAUUCCGACACCUGCGCCGCCUAGCCACACAACAAUCAUUCAAGUAUCGGGCCAGAAGGCUGAUACUAAUGCGACGGACAAGACUACAUCGCCAACCCCGACUCAAGCAGCCCCUGGACACACAACUAUUGUUCAGCUACCCAGUCAGAAGGCAGGUGAUGUCAGUGUGAAGGACACGAAUGCGUCAUCGAAGUCAGCUCCGGCACCUACACCUGGACAUACAACAAUCAUCCAGAUACCCGGUCAGAAGCCGGCGGACGCGAAUACAAAGGAUAAGAGGGGACCGGCAGCACCGGCUACAGCAGUCCCUGGACACACUACAAUUGUUGAAGUGCACGGAGCCGAUGCCAGUGCGGGAGACCAUAGUAGAUCAACGGGAAAAGCCCCAGCAACAGCUCCUGGACACACAACGAUUGUUCAAGUACCGGGCCAGAAGCUUGCCGACGUCAAUGUUAAGGACGCUCUUGGAUAUACGUCGCUACAUCGGGCGAUCGAGAACGGUGACGUGACACGAAUUCAGGUGCUGCUCGACGAGGGGGCCGAUAUCAAUGUGAAGCAAGACUCAUGGGCUGGAAAGACGGCAUUGACAGAAGCUGUUGCGGAGGGUCACCACACAGUCGUUAAACUACUACUAGACAAGGGCCAUAACAUUGAUGCGAAAGAUACCACCGGAUACACGGCGCUACACUGGGCGGUUGAGAAAGGGCAGAUCGAAGUCAUCAAGGUGCUGCUUGAGAAGAGGGCCAAUCUCGAGGUGAAGGAAAGCCAAGGAAGCUCGCCGAGAGGCGCGACGGCGUUGCAUCUGGCAGCCGAUGGAGGUAAUGAAACGAUCGUCAGGCUACUGGUCGAGAAGGGAGCCGACAUGCAUGCAACAGACUCUCGUCUCGGCUUGACGGCACUACAAAUGGCAGUGGAGAAGGGGCGCGAAGCCGUCGUCAAGGCUCUGCUCGAGAAAGGGGCGGAUUUUAGAGCCAAAUACCAGAACGGAUAUCCCCCAAGAGGCGCGACCGUGUUGCAUUCAGCGGCGGAGAACGGAUAUCUUGAGGUCAUCAGACUGCUCGUCAAGAGAGGAGCCGACAUCCAUGCAAGCGACGAUCUUGGGUUUUCUCCAUUGGCGCGAGCCAUGAAAGCAAAGAGACUCGACGUUGUGAGAUUGCUGCUCGAGAGCGGGGUCGACGCUGGGGGCGAGGAUGCUCGUCUCGCGAUGCACAUAGCCGUCACUGCUGGAAACGAGUCGCUUGUUAGGCUGUUCAUCGACCGAGGAGCCAACGUCAACGAUCGGGAUUCAACCACUGGAUUCAGUCUGCUGCAACAAGCGGCCCAUCUCAAACAUGACGCCGUCGUCAAGCUGCUUCUCGAGAAGGGUGCCGAUGUCGAGGCUAAGGAUGAUCCAGCCAAGGAGAAGAAGAAGACGCCAUUGUGGCUGGCGGCUGAAGCUGGAAGUGUCACCAUUGUCCAGAUGUUGCUUCAAAGGGGCGCCGUCAUUGAUCAAAGAUGCUCCGAGGGGGGGCAGACGGCGCUCAUCGUAGCAGCCAAGAAUGGGUUCGAGUUUGUCGUCAGAGCCCUGCUUGAAAAGGGCGCCAAUGUGAAUGUUGGCGACGACGAGAGCUUCACUGCGCUCUUUCGCGCCGCUGAAUCGGGCCAGACCGCGGUGGUCAGGACGCUCAUCGAGAAAGGGGCCAAUAUCAAUGCACAACUUACCGGCUGGCCCAGCGGGGGUCACUCACAGGGAAACACGGCGCUGUCAGCGGCUUGCUAUCGAGGCCACAUCGAGGUCGUUAAACUGCUGCUUGAGAAGAAAGCCAAUAUGCAUCUGGCAAAUUCCACCCCGUUAGUCUAUGCAUGUUUAAACAGCCACUUGGCAAUUGUCCAGCUGUUGCUCGAGCAUGGAGCCACCGUGAAAGAGAUGUCGGAUUCGAUCAACCACGCGGCCAGGGACGGAUCCGUGGAGAUCGUCAAGCUGUUCCUCGACAGGGGGGUCAGUGUCAAGAACAUGGACGAUGGAGAUUUUCCGCUCAUGGAAGCGGCAUGGAGGGGGCAUAACGAGGUGGUCCAGCUCCUGCUUGAGAGAGGCGCUGAUCUUGAGCAGAGGACGGUCGUCACGGGAGGCUACAAUGGCCCCUUGGACCAGGGCACCGCGUUGUGGCAUGCGGCAUAUUGGGGCGAGAACGCGGCGACCGUCAAGCUGCUCCUCGACAAGGGCGCGAAGAUCGAGACCAGGAGCACUCGCGACAAUCGGACGCCGCUCCACGGGGCGGCGGCCGAAGGCAAGGAAGCAGUCGUCCAGGUGCUGCUCGACAAGGGCGCCAACGUCAGGGCCACGGACGGCAAGGGCCAGACGCCGCUGCAACUGGCUCAGGCUGCAAACCAAGCCGGCGUCGUCAAGCUGCUCUCGGGACGCUCCUAG